AUGAUAUUCCAGAACAGCAAAGACAGCUUAGGAAGCUGCUAUAGCAGCGCCGGUGAGGAACACGUCGGCAAAAUAACAAUUUCUGGCGACAUACAAUUUGGCCUGAAUUUCGAUUACAAGAGUAACUGUUUCUCGGUUGUCAUCAAGCAGUGCCGCGGUCUGGCCACAGCUGAUGUCAAGAAACAAAGAUCUGAUCCGUAUGGGUACAACUCGCUAUCUUCACUAACGUACAGAGGGGAUCUGGACUUGAGUCUGAAGUUCGUCAGCCCGGAGCACAUAAGCGGUCGUAAGAGGAACACGGAAGACAAGGGCGAACUGCAAAUCAUCGUGAAGGAAGCUCGAAACUUAACCGCUAUUCGGUCGAAUGGUUACUCGGAUCCGUUUUGUAAAUGGUCGUUAUUUGCUACCAGACAGGAGCGUCGAAUCAAAACGAAAGACUACAGUCAUCAGACGAUUGUCUAUGAAAAUGUAAGUUGGGAAGAAUUACAAGAGAGGUCACUCGAGUUGACCGUCUGGGAUCACGACAGACUGACCAGCAAUGAUUUUCUGGGCGGGGUCAGACUCAAUCUUAAUAAAGGUAAAGGUAAAUGUCAAGGACAGACGGUGACUUGGAUGGAUUCAAACGAAGAGGAGUGUUUGGUGUGGCAGGCCAUGCUGGAUCGGCCCAACUGCUGGAUCGAAGGAACGCUCAUGCUGAGGAAUAAUAUGAAUGAAAGAAAGCAGUGA